ACUUGUAGUCCCCGCUGGGUUCUGGAGCGCCAGGGAAGAUGUCCGAGGUGCGUCUGCCUCCUGUUCGGGCGCUGGAGGAUUUCGUGCUGGGCUCCAGCCGCCUGGCCUUCCCGGACCUGCGCGACGGGCAGCGCUGGCAGAGCCGCGUGGUCAACAACCUCCUCUACUACCAGAGCAACUACCUGCUGGUGAUGGGAACAGGGCUGGCCCUGGGAGGGUUUUUUUGCCCCGGACUGACAUUGGUGAGUGGUGCCCUCGUCACUCUGAUCUUUGUGGGCUUUGUUUGGGCAGCUGAGAACAAGGCUCCUGUACGACGCUUCCGAAGGAAUUACCCUGGCACUUGCUUCUUUGCUGUCCUUGGAUUGGCAUACUUCCUGGUAUCUCUCUUGGAAGGCUCUGCCACCUUCUUGGUUUUCAUCGCUCUGCCCAUCAUGUUGAUCCUCAUCCAUGCCUCUCUGCGUCUUCGCAACCUCAAAAACAAGAUAGAGAACAAAAUCGAAAGCAUCGGACUCAAGCGCACACCUAUGGGGCUGCUCCUGGAAGCACUAGGGCAGGAGCAAGAAGCUGGAUCUUAGACAAUCACCAAGGUUCUCCUUGUCCUCUGGAAAGAAAGUUACCUACUAUCUUUUUCUUCUUUCCAGUGGACUGAUGACUCUCUCUCAUUUGCUUAUGUAUUCACAUAACUCUGUUGAAAGUCCUGGCUAUGAACUCAUGCAAAAGACACUAUUCUCUGGCUAGACAACCAGUGGAAUUCCCAGCUCAAAGUAGUGACUGGUGAGGCUCAAUAGAGAAGUAAAAGGGGAAAAACAAGGUGGACCUUAAGGCAGUAUUUCUAAUUCAUAAUACAGUAUGUAUUAAUUCUUGGGACUGUUUACCUGUUUACUCUUAGAGAUGUGAGAUAGAGUGAAGUGUCAAGUAAGAUUAAUGAAAGAUGGGACCAUGUUUUUUCUAAAUUCUGACUGUAAAUAUUAGCCUGUGGAACUGUCAGACACUUGAUUGGAAAAAACAUCAAACAACAUUGUAGAGCAAAGAAAUGGUAGGUAUAGUUCUAGUUCUAGUUGUUCUGAGGAAGGCUGUCUUCUAGAAUAGUACUGCAUAGAAUUUAUAUACCACAUUCCAGUGCUUUAUACACAGCAUUCAUAUACUCUUUAUAACAGCUUUGUUGUUUAGACUGUGUUAGCUGUCUUCAUAUUGUAAUGAAAGGGCUGAGGCUGGCUGAGUGUCUUGACUCAGUUCAACCAAUAGUCUACAAAACCUGUAGUGUUUUUUGUUUUUUAUAGAGAGACAUGGAGCAAAAAUUCCUGUCAGAGGAAAGUGGAUAUGGUGUUUGCAGAGGUGGUCUUGCAUGGUAGAAAAUAAUUUCGGAGGACCUACCUAAAUGUUCAAAUUCAUGAUGAAGGCUAGCAAUCCAUCAGCCAUAUUGGCUUCCAUUAAUAUGUGUGUAGACAACAGAAAACUCCAGAGUAGCCAAAGAAUGUAGCAAACUGUAUGUUCCAUUUCUGAGGUGGAAAAGCCAGCCCAGGUAGCCCUCAUUUUGUCUGUACACUUCUUAAGGAAGCAUCCCAGAAUCAAAACAGGAAAAGAUUGAAAUAUUGUCUUUCACCCCGUCAGCUCUGUAUUCUUAAUUGCUUUUUGCACGUUUAAAUCUAGCCAGAACGGAUUCACCACUCCCCUGACAUGGGAAACCCUCUUGGUCCAAAACUUCAGAGAAUGGACCAAGCCUAGAAUAGUGCUUAGUGCUGAAUAGAGUAAGAUACAUAGUUGAGGAAUGGGAUGUUAGCUAAUAUACCAGGAGUAGGGAGCCUUCAGAUAUUUUGGACCUCAGCUCCCAGAAGCCCCAGCCAGGAUGGAUAAUGGUAAGGGAUUGUGUGAGUUGUUCUCUAAAACACCUGGCAAACUGAAGGACGGUUCCCCACCCAACUGUGUUAGCACUUUUUUUUUCAUGAACAUGCUAGAAGUUUCUAGAAGCAUUACCAAGAAGCAAAAUCAUGAAAGGAAUUCCAAUAUUAUACUUGUCCAGUUUUUAAAAAAAAUAUCUUAUUUAUUAGUUAGUUGCUUUUUUUAAAAAAAUGCUGCGGUUGAUAAAGGACUUGAAAGCUUAUUUCCAACUUAUGCUAAAAUUGUGUUAGAGAAAUAUGAAGCCCCUUUGUACUCCUUGGAUUUUGGGAUGGUGCAAACAAAACUGCAGUUGUGAAAUCAAAGGCUUUCAUGGCUGGAAUCCAGUUUUUUGUGGGGUUUUCAGGCUAUGUGGCUAUGUUCUAGAAGAGUUUAUUCUUGACAUUUCAGCAUCUGUGGCUGGCAUCUUCAGAGAAUUCUGGCAUGGGAGCGAGUGGGGUGUAUCUAUACCGUGUGAUCCUUCGUUGAGAGCAUGUGCUUUACAUGUUUAUCUUUGUGUUGAGCAAUGGCUCACUAUUGGCUUAGCACAUUAACUGGGCUCCUGUGGGUAAGCCUUCCUUGUCAGGUUCUUAAAUACCAUCAAGGGCUUCUUUCAACCAACCUGAUGCUUGAUCUGCCUGCCAAAAGACACCAAAAGCUCCCUGCAGAUGUCACAGAGUACAAGCAAGAGUCCAUUGCUGCAUGUCUCCCACACCAUCAGGUCCCAGACCUGUCUAGUUGUACGGCUUCCCAGCCUUCUCUAAAAUAUGGUGCACUCUAGAUGGUUUGGGCCUCAGUUCCCAUUAACUCAGGUGCUGUGGCUUCUGUGUGUUUGAUAGCAGUUGUGUGGCGUCAAGUCAUUUUCAACUUAUGGAAAGGCUAAAGCGAACCUAUCAUGGGGUUUUCUUGGCAAGAUUUGCCAUUGCCUUCCCCUGAGGCUGAUAGCAUGUGACUUGCCCAAGGUCACCCAGUGGGCUUCAUGGGGAAUCAAACCCUGGUCUCCAGAGUCAUAGUCCAACACUCAAACCACUGUGCCAUGUUGUUUGAUAGCAGGCUAGUCAUGAAAAAUUCAUAUGGUCCUUUAGUGUUAAGGAAGCUCUUCACCUCAGAAACACUCCUGUCAGCCUGGACUCCAUCCCCCUGCCAAUCCUAUGUACCAAGAAGUAUAAACUGGAGAGGAGAAAGAGUCUAUCAUUGCCAAGAUGCCCUUACCCUGUAGAAAGAUCCUGUGCUGUGUAAGUGUUGGAAUGGCACUCCAUACCUCCUCACAUUGGCAGUGCAGCCAUGGAUGCUGCCAGGCUAAGAGAGAACCAGCAUGGUGUAGUGGUUUGAGUGUAAUACUGUACUAGGACUCUAAAGAUUGGGGUUCAAUUCCUCCUUUGACCAUGGAAACCCACUGGGUGACCUUGGACAAGUCACACUCUCUCAGCCUCAGAGGAAGGCAAGGGCAAAUCCACCUCAACAAAUCUUGCCAAGAUAGCCCCGUGAUACAUUUGUCUUAGAGUCAUCAUAAGCUGGAAAUGACUUGAAGGCACACAACAACUUGUAUCUCACCAAUAGCCUUAAGAAGGGACAAACUGGGAUGAAGACGGGUGUUGACUGAAUCCACAAACACACAAGCCCUACCUCAAAAGGGUGCCUCAAGAAAUGGUGUCUGCCAUUUUCCUCUGAAGCAAACAUGGAAGAGGGGAUGACUUGGCCUCUGAGUGACUUCUGAGGCUACUUCCCCUCAUUCCAGCUUCACUUUGCAACAGAGAUGGUGGCUCAGUACAACUUUCCUCCUGAUGUGAAGGAUCAUGCCAAGAGGAGAUAGAGAUUUCUCCCUGCCUUCAUCUAGCCUAUAAAUGUUUAGGGUCCCCAGUUUUAUUAUCAUAUUUUGGAGGAAGUGUAUUCAAGGGGCAAGCAAUUGGAUUGCUAAGACACGGGGGGGAAUGUUUAGCUCUCCUAAUGAUGGAGCACAAGUCCUUUUAAGUCUAGCCAACAUGGUCAUUUCCAACAACAGGUUCCUCAUUCCUAACUUAUCUGGAGAGCCACAAGUUUUCCACUAAAUAAACUCAUUUGGAACUCCCAUCUUUAAACAUUAUGCUAUACAUAUUCUCUUCAAAGCAUAUUUACCACCCUCUUUUCUUUCUGCCAACCACCCUUUGGUUUGCAGCACAUUAAAAAAAAUGCAUGGCACAGGCUGACCAUGAUGACAAAGUGAUGUAUGGCUGUGGGUCUUUAAACAGAACAGCUCUCCCAAGUCUGAAACAAGUUUCACUCAACUUUAGUGAGGCUGUCAAGUAUUUGAUUUGGGAUUUUAUACACUAAAAGCAUGUGUUUUCUAUUAUUUACAGCAUUCUAUAACCUAUCUGACAAGGUACAGCAUCUCUUUAAAAAGCUUUUCCUAAAAAGCUUUUGCAUUGCUUUAUAUAGUGCGAAACUGCAAUGUUUGAAAGUACUGACCUCUCUCACAUGCUUCUCAGCCAGCAGAGUUCACUAGAUGUUGCUCACAGGUUGCCACCUGCAAAAAUCAAUGCACUUGGUGCAAUAUGAAGGAUUCCUCUUUGAUGGCAGACUGCCACCUGGUGUUAUUUUCAUUAGCUGAAGAAUGUGCGUAUUUGAAUCCCAACCCUUAGGGGGGAAAUCUGAGGCACAAACACACUAUUAAAUACUUAAGGCUGUCAUUUUAAAUAUAUUUAUCAUAAUACUGGGACUUACUUUCAACUAAACCUGGCAUGGAUGUGGGUGUUAACAUUUGGGAAAAGUCUGCCAGUUCUUGUACUCAAGAUAAAACAUGGUUGCUGUGGCCCUAGAUACUAUUUCGUUUCUGUGGAAAUUUGCUAUUUUAUAAUUCCCCUGCUCUUUUAAACAGCUUUAGAAAUAGAUUUUCAUGUGAAAUUCCCUACAUAAAACUGAUGACAGAGACCUUGUCACAGAUUUAGAGGUUUGGAUUUCCCGAGUUCUCACAAUAAAAGUGCCACUCAGACGUAAGUAUUAGACCAAGGAGAGCAUGAACUGUCUUUUUAAAAAAACAUUAGCUAUCACAUACGGCUUAUUUCAUCUUUUUUUGUUUUUGUUUGUACAUUUCUACAUAUUUGUAAAAAUAAAGUCUUGUGGUCAUUAUCACA